AGGCUGCGCGGCUCCGCUUGUCUCACGCACGCGGCGGGGGGGCGCGUACACGGGCACGCGGCGGUCGGCAGCGAGCGUCAGGCCGAGCGGGCGGGACCACCUGAGGCAAGGGGCAACGCGGGGGGUGGGCAGCUGAGCGCACCCCCCCCCCCUCAACGAGGAGCGAGCCGCGCGCGCGCCGCCGCCGCCGCCUCCUCCUCUUGCGCGGCCGCCGCCUCCUCCUCCUCCCGGACCUUGGCCGCGGGGCAGCGUUGGGCGGCGGAGCAAGGGGCUGAAAGACACACAGGAGUCUUCAUGGAUAUAGUUGAUACAUUUAACCAUUUAAUUCCUACUGAACACUUAGAUGAUGCCCUAUUUCUAGGAUCCAACCUGGAGAAUGAAGUCUGUGAGGAUUUUAGUACAAGUCAGAAUCUCUUAGAGGAUUCGCUGAAGAACAUGCUCAGCGAUAAGGAUCCUAUGCUAGGAUCUGCAAGUGCCCAGUUCUGUUUGCCUGUUUUGGAUAGCAAUGAUCCCAAUUUCCAGAUGCCUUGUUCAACAGUUAUUGGUCUUGAUGAUAUUAUGGAUGAAGAAGGAGUUAAAGAAAGUGGUAACGAUACCAUUGAUGAAGAUGACGUAAUUUUACCCAACAGGAAUUUAAGAGACCAAUUGGAUGACACUUCAGUCAAGUCACCAAGAAAAUCACCACGUUUAAUGGCACAAGAACCAGUACGAAGUUUGCGGCAAAGUACUAUAGCCAAGCGUUCAAACAUUGCACCUCUUGCUAAUACCAAGAAAGCAGCUGUAAAAUCUGGAUGUGCCCAAAAGGGAGGACCAAAACUGCAAGACAAGGGUCAAACUAAACAGGAAGAAGUUAGUACACCAAUGAAACUAGAACAUCUUAAAGAGAUUAGGCGUAGUAGUAGACUAUCUGGUCAGACAGAGGAAACUGAAGAAGCAUCAUCUUCUCCAAGUAGUUCAAAACAGUCUGCUUGUCAUGAAAAGAAUGAUGAAGUAAAAUCUGGAACUUUCAAGCAAGGAAAAUUGGAUGAAACAUUCAGUGAAUUAAGAGGAGGUUCUCUUUUAACAGACACUUGUUCUUCUACUGAAGAAGCAGAAAGCAAAACAGAGACUGUUAUGAAAAGUGGGCUGGAUUUUAUAACCUCUGCAAAUAGUGAAGCUAAUAAAUUAAAUAUCGAUAUAAUUAAAAAUAAAGUGGAUGAAACUGUGGUUGGUGAAAUAAGUUCUGAUGCAUCUUCAGAAGAAAAGAUUGACUACAAAAUCAAGGAAACAGAGGAGAAACCUAAAGAAAAUGACCAAAGCAAGAUAAGUGGAAUGACUCCCAUUUCAUCUGUUACAAAAGUUUGUAUGAAUUCUAGUGACAUCCAUGAGACUCCUUCAGUUCUAUCCAGAUCUGUAGAAGAGAAGACAAAAUGUAGGUUAGAUCCACCGAAUACUGUGGAAUCUGCUGGUAAAAAUGUUGUGUCAUUAAAAGACUGUAAAACAGAGCCUUUAGAUGAUUCUAAAGAGGCCGAUAAAAAUGUUAAUCCUAGCAAACACUUGGACAAUACAGAAUUUCAUAAAACAGCCUUGAAAAGUACUAUUUCUGCUGAAGCAGGAAGUAAUAUUUUAGAAAGCAGUAUUAUUCAUGAUUGUCCAAGCCAAAAUGUACAGCAGCAGGACAGCUAUAUUAAAAUGGAAGGCUGUGAGGCAACAAAGCUUCAGGAUGAUGAUGGCAUUUCAACAAAAAGUCCCAAAACCGUGAAGUCCAAACACAUUAAAUCUAUGGUACAGAUUAAACAAAAUUUGACUGCAAGUGUAGGACGAAAAUUACUCGCAACUAAACAACAAAUAAGCCAUGCAAAAAAAAGAGUUGGUGUUAGUGUUUCAAGUUUUCACAGUGCAUCUUCAGUAAGUCUGAAAAGGAGUGCAGAGGAGCAAGAGAGGUGGCAGCAUUUUCAUAAAACAGUUAAAGUUAGAAAAAAACAAACUGAUAAAGAUGUGAAAGCACAGAGCUUUGAUAUAGGGUUCACAGUGAAGAAGCAGACCCAUACGUUGGUGAAAAAAGUAUCACGUGUCCAAACACCUAUGCAGGUGCAAAAGACAUCAGUUCAGAAUGUGAGUGACAGGUCUCUUAAUCACCAGGGUUGUUCAAAAGAAAUCCUCCAUCCUGUCUCAGUGUCUGUGCAUUCACCAUCUGGUCAUUUGCUGCAUCAAAAUCAGAAACAAACACAGAAACAUCAAUUUGCAAUUGCACUUAAAACAAAUAGUUAUGUAAAAGAAGAGAGAGAGACAAAAGAUCCCAUAGGUUUAGAACAUUUGAAGGAGGAUGAAAAAGAAAAACUUAAAUUGAAAAAGAUUGAGAAGAAUCUUCAACCUCGCCAGAGAAGAAGCAGUAAAAGCCUUUCACUUGAUGAGCCUCCCUUGUUCAUUCCAGAUAACAUUUCUACUGUAAAACGUGAAGGCUCAGAACAUACUUCUCCAAGCGAAAGCAAAUAUGUAUGGGUUCCCACCAAGCAGUGCGGUUUUUGCAGAAAGCCGCAUGGCAACAGGUUUAUGGUAGGCUGUGGUAGGUGUGAUGAUUGGUUUCAUGGUGACUGUGUUGGGUUGAGUCUUUCUCAAGCACAACGAAUGGGAGAAGAAGAUAAAGAAUAUGUGUGUGUAAAAUGUUGUGCUGAAGAAGACAAAAAAACAGAAUCUUGUGAUCAAAAUACACUGGACACCCAACUUGAAGCAUAUAGAGAAGAUAGAACAAUGGAAUGUGAAAAGCCUGGGAUGUCAAAGCAAACUCCCACUGGUAAUCCCAGUGUAACAAAUGAGAAAGCUAAACAGACAGAUGAUACAAUGAAACACAAAGUCAAAAUUUUUAGACGGGAAUCAGGUGAUGUGAGGAAUUUGUCAGAAUGCAGAGAUUCUGAUAUUAAAAGAGGCCAAGUUCCUAUUCGGAAAAUGGGACAAACAGUUACACUUCCUCGUCGAUGCUCUGAAGAGAAAAGUGAAAAAAUAAAUAAAGAUUCUCUUAGUGUUUCCUGCUCAAGUGAAAAGACCGCAAAAUCAGGUGUUCACGAGAAACAAGAAUUCAAGAAAAAGAAAACUGAGAAAGUGGGAGCAACUGGUAAUAUACCUCCACCAGCUGUGCCAGCUUCUAAACCUUCUGCUGAUCAGAUAAGACAAAGUGUCAGACAGUCUCUUAAAGAAAUUUUGAUGAAAAGACUUACAGACUCCAGUUUGAAGAUUCCUGAGGAAAGAGCAGCAAAAGUUGCCACAAGGAUUGAAAAAGAACUGUUUUCUUUUUUUCGGGACACAGAUUCUAAAUACAAGAACAAAUACAGAAGUUUGAUGUUCAAUCUAAAGGAUCCCAAAAAUAAUAUAUUAUUUAAGAGAGUACUGAAAGGAGAGGUUACCCCUGAUCAUCUCAUAAGAAUGAGCCCUGAAGAGCUGGCUUCUAAAGAGCUAGCUGCUUGGAGACAAAGAGAAAACAGACACACAAUUGAAAUGAUUGAGAAAGAGCAGAGGGAAGUCGAAAGGCGACCAAUAACAAAAAUUACUCAUAAAGGAGAAAUAGAAAUUGAGAGUGAUGCUCCUAUAAAAGAACAAGAAGUAGCUAUGGAAAUUCAGGAACCUACUAUCGUAAAGCUGGUAGAGAAGACAGAAGAGAUUGAAAAAGAUAAAGAAGUAGAUGAAGCUUCAUUUCCAGACACAACAAGUCAACACAAAAAUCAUCUCUUUGAUCUUAACUGUAAAAUCUGCAUAGGUCGAAUGGCACCACCUACUGAUGACCUUUCUGCAAAAAAUGUGAAAGUGUCUGUAGGAGUUGCACGUAAACAAUCAGACAAUGAAGCAGAAAACAUAGCAGAUGCACUUUCUGCAACGUCAAAUAUUUUAGCCUCAGAAUUAUUAGAAGAUGAUAAACAAGAAUUGUCAAAGCCAGCAUUCUCAUCUAUCCCAAGAUCAGAGACGCCUGGUACUGUUGAAAGUGAAACUCUAUUCCUGGCUCGACUGAACUUCAUCUGGAAAGGUUUUAUCAAUAUGCCUUCUGUAGCAAAGUUUGUUAUCAAGGCCUACCCAGUCUCUGGCUCUUUUGAGUAUUUAACUGAGGACUUGCCAGAUAGUAUCCAAGUAGGUGGCAGGAUAUCACCUCACACUGUUUGGGAGUAUGUAGAAAAAAUAAAAGCUUCAGGGACCAAGGAAAUUUGUGUAGUUCGCUUCACCCCGGUAACUGAAGAGGAUCAGAUUUCCUAUGCUUUGCUGUUUGCAUAUUUCAGCAGCAGGAAGCGUUAUGGUGUAGCUGCCAAUAACAUGAAGCAAGUGAAGGAUUUGUAUCUUAUCCCUUUAGGUGCCUCAGACAAAAUUCCACAUCAUCUUGUACCUUUUGAUGGACCUGGGAUUGAAAUACAUCGACCAAAUCUGUUGUUGGGUUUGAUAAUUCGCCAAAAAAUGAAGAGACAGAUUAGUGCUAGCACUAGCCUUGUGGAUGAAACUUCUGAAAGUGCCCCGAGUAACUUGCCGCCAGAAAAAAAAAGCAAACAGAGCAAACCUGAUGUCUCUAGUACUGAAGUAGUAGUAGAAGAAGAGGAGGAAGAAAAUGAUUUUUUUAAUUCCUUCACAACUGUGUUACAUAAGCAGAGAAAUAAGCCUCAACAAUCUAAUACAGAAGAAAUGCCAGCAGUUAUUGAACCUGUAGUAGAAAGUAUCAAACAUGAGCCACCAAAGCCACUGAGAUUUCUUCCUGGAGUUCUCGUUGGAUGGGAAAAUCAGUCUUCUACUCUUGAGCUAGCAAAUAAACCACUGCCUGUAGAUGAUAUUCUUCAAAGUCUUUUGGGUACUACAGGACAGAUAUAUGAACACCAUCAGACAGUGGUGGAUCAGUGUGCUAGUCAAGAAAUACCUUUAUUUGCUGAACAAAUAAGCUUAAAAGAAGAAAAAAUGAAUGUUGCUGAAGUAACUGCUGAUGAAGCUAUAGAAACUAAGACUAGAUUAGAUGAUUCACAAGAAUCCACUGAUGUUACAGUAACAGUGGAUAUGCCAGUUGCAGGGACCUCAUGUUCUGUGGCAACUGUAGGAACUCUGAUAAGUCUAAGUCUUAAGGGAAAACCACCAGAUGUUUCUACAGAAGCAUUUUUAGCAAACUUAUCUGUUCAAUCACAGAGCAAGGAAACUGAGGAGUGUAAAGAAAAUGAUCCAAAGUGGCAGCUGUAUGACACAGAGAAUGUUUUGCAAGAAAGCAAAAGGAGCACAAAUUCUAGCUUCUCUUCUUCCUCAUCAAAUGCAGGUAAAGGAAGUGGUGAUAACAAUGUUAACAUAGGUUCUGCUGAAGGUAUGACUGCUAAUACUUCCAAAUCUCCACAGUUUAUUAAUCUGAAAAGGGACCCAAGACAAGCAGCUGGACGAAGCCAACAGAUGAAUGCUUUAGAAAAUAAGGAGGGGGACACUAACAGAAAUGAAGAAAGACAAAAUAUACAAUCAGACAUGUCCGGAAGUGAGCAAAUGGAGAUGGAGAAUAAACAGUCAGGAGAAAAGAGCUUAAACGUGUAUCAAAGUGAUGGUCAGACAUCUGAGAUGCAGUGUACCUCAACUCCAACUAAAACAGAUAAUGUAUGUGCUUCGCAAAUGGAAGAAACAAAACACUCGCAGGAAGAUACACCAAUGAAAAAUAUUGAAACAGUGCACUCAUUUAGAAGAGGACCAGCAACAACCUCAUCUCAUUUUGAAAAAGAAAAUUCUUCUCUUUCUGAAUUCACUUCCAAAGUCCCCAGCCCAGUUAUGAGUGGAAAUUUCUCACCAGUUAGACCUCAGCAGCACAAUUUUCAGCAUCUUAAAUCUAAUCUACCUGGAUUUCAGUUUCAAACACUUUCACCUCCUAACUUCCCCCCCCAGAACAGCCCCAUGUUUGGAUUUCCUCCUCAUCUACCACCUCCACUUCUUCCUCCUCCAGGUUUUGGUUUCGCUCAAAAUCCUAUGAUGCCAUGGCCAUCUGUUGUUCAUUUGUCAGGUCAGCCACCGCAUUAUGCUGGACCCAUUGUUCAAGGGCCAUCGCUGACUCAUAAACAAUCAAGAUUUCCAGGGCCAGAAAACUUUUAUCAGAGUAAAGACAAUAAGAGACCAGAAAGACGCCAUAGUGACCCUUGGGGCAGACAAGAACAACAUUUAGAGAGAGGGUUCAGUAGGGGAAAAAGCGAUCAGCAUAGACAAAGGUUUUAUAGUGAAUCCCAUCACCAAAAGAAAGACAGACAUGAGAAAGAGUGGAACAGUGAAAAAUACUGGGAACAGGAUUCUGAAAGGAAUAGACGGAAAGACCGAAACCAGGAAAAAGAGAGAGAGAAAAAAAGCAGAGAGGAAGGACAUAGAGACAAAGAGAGGUUACGACUUUCACACAGCGAUAGGGGAUCUGAUGGAAAAUCCUCUAGGGAGAGUAGAAAUCCAGAAAAAAAGAUAGAUAAACCUAAAAGUGAAGAACAGUCUCAUGAAAAGGAUAAAGAGAGGGAGAAAAGUAGGGAGAGACAUAGAGAACGAGAAAGUGAAAAGAACAGAGACAGACAUCACAAAGACAGGGACCACAAUGACAGAGCUAAAAGCAAAAGGUAAAAAGAGCAGGCAAUCUUUCAAAAUCCUAUUUAAAUAACUGUUAGUUGUGUCCUAAAGUUUUGUAAAAAUGCCUGCUAGGAUUGUGCCAUCUUUUUUUAUUCAUUGUUGGUGUUUUGCAAAAACAAGUCUGUGUUUUGGUACAAAGCUGUGUACCAAUACUCAUCUUCUUUUACAUUAUACCAACUAUCCCUAGAAAUAGGAAUUUAAUAUUUUUCAGAAUUUUACAUUGCUGUAUAUUCAAAAUUUUAAAGAUUUCUUUUAUUAAUAUGCAAUAAAGGCUUAGAGAUUUCUUAGUUGAUGAAGUUGGCUUUAGUCAAGUAUGCAUUAUAGUUGCUGCCUUUGGUAAUUUGUGCUCUCUUCUGUUUUAAGAUGCUCCAGUAAAUUUUAAAAAUGAAUUUCACAUAAUAGCCUUGUUUUUAAAUUGCACUGUUUUUGAGGACUGUAGCAGAGUCUUAGUAUCCCUCAUACAUUACAACACAAAAUACAACAUAUGUUGAGUGGUGUGAAGUUUUUUUUAUUGAUUCAAUAAUACAAUAAAAGAAUUCAGCAGUAUUUCCAGUACUUAUCAAGUAUUUCCCAAGCAUCCGAAGCAGUUUGUGACCAGAAAUUAGAAGGCUGAGCUGUCCAAAUGUUGUUGCUUUAAACUGCACUUGUUUUAAUAAGAAAAAAAUUUAAACCAUAUUCUUUAAACUAUGAUUUACUAGUCAGUUAAUUUUCCCAUAAUUUUUCAUGCUUCAAAAACUUGAAUACCUAAGCUUGUACAUUAUCUUGUGUUUUGCUAUCCUUUUUACUGUAAAAUGUAAAUAUUUUAAGGGAUAUUUUGAUUCUAAAAAUGAUAAAACUUUCUCACAUA